UUUCGGAAUAGAUCCUAGACUGAUCUGGCAACCCUGAAUGGGCGUGGCCAGGCAGCUCCGGUUGUGUGUUGUGUGAUCUGAGGCUCAGAAAAGAUCAGCGCGUGGAGAGAAGCAGUUGUUACUCCUGUGAGGAAGAUCAGAUUAAUAAACACGGAAAAUACUGUCUGCAGGAUGAAAGCGAUUGUGCAGGUGAGCGUGGUGGUGCUGUUGGCCCUGAUUGGACUGGGUUCUGCACUUGAGUGUUACAGCUGUGUAGAUUACACUGGCGGCUGCAAUACCGUUAAAACCUGCUCUGGCCAGAACGACGGCUGCCUGACACUGAAAGAGAGAAACGGGAGAAUUUUCCGGCAGUGUGUCCGCUUUUCAGAUUGUCAUACCUCUCAUCUCGCUCCCAUGUUCCCCAACGUCGCCAGCUUCACGUACUCAUGCUGCGAAAGCGACUUGUGCAACGGCGCGUCUGUGGGCGCAGGCCGGACCUCUGCGAUCGCAUUGAUCCUUUCCCUCGCUCUGUUCUGGUGCAUCUUUUAAUCCAGCGCCUGCGGAUGCUCUCAGUCUGUUUCUGAGUGUUUUACAUUUAAAGCACGUUAAGUUUAAGAACAAAAUAAAAACACAUGCAAACUACACGCCAUUAAUGUUACUUUUAUAGGUUUGGUUGUUGCUUUUUCUCUGAGGGAGCAAUAGUUUUUUCUUUAAUUCUCACAUCUACUGAUGAAUAAAAUGAAAAAUGUUUUUACUCUCUGCUCAUCAUAACCACCAGCUUUUCAUUCUUCACGUUACUCAACGCUGUUAACAGAUGAAGUAAGCAGUUAUUUGUACGUCACGUGGAUGAGAAGUGCUUUUACACACACAGUCCCGCUGAUGGCUGCACUUUUACUUCCUCUAAAAUCAGUAAAAAACAUCAUUUAAAGGUACAUGGUGAAUAUUUGCACUAACAACAAAACAUUGUAUUUAAAGAAAUCAGUAUUCAGCACUAAUGAUGUUUUGCUGUUCUUGUGUUCGGCGUGUAACUCGGACUCUCCUGAACCUGGACUUUGGCUUUAGAACUUUUUAAUCACGAGAGUCCUGGUGCACAUUUAAAGAGAAAAAAGUGUUUUUCUGUAUUUCAGUACUAAUGAGUGUAAACCAAUAAACGAGAAAAAAUGAA